AUGUUGAUACGAGCAGUGCUUGCACUGCUUCUGGCCGCCCUCGCUUCGGCCCACAUCAAACUUGUCUACCCGCCGGCACGAGCUCCGGCUCUCGACUUCUACAGCUCCUCGACCAGUCAACCACCAUGUGGAGUCAAGAAACCAGCGCUCGGGGACGGCGUCCGCACGUUCUUUAAGUCUGGCUCCACGAUCGAGAUGAACUGGUUCGUGGCCGUACCUCAUAUGGUGAGUACAGUAACCGGAAUCAGAUAGGCGCCGAGAGCCGUCAUUCCCGGUUGGCAGUCCGUCUUCCAAUCGGUGUCUGAUAUCUAUAGUUUAUGAUCAGGUCAAUGCCAUCCAGAAGACAGACAGCGCAAAGAGUAGUACUGUCAGAGCGGCCGACACUAAUUGGUGACCGGGAGAGAGCGACUGAUUGUGAGAGACCAAUUCGGGUCGAAUGCAUUAUGUCAUACACUUUAUAUUGGAUGAGUGAGCGAUCGGAAGGGCGGCAGAAGAACGAGACAAAAAUGACUGUUUUGACCGUUUCAUUGAAGAACGAGACGAGUAGAAUAACAGGAUUCCGAUGAUGGAUUGAGCGUCGUGAAUGAGAUAUGACCGGAUGCGGAAUGAAAUGGAAUCAGAGACCACAACUUUUGAUGUUUCAGUUCCAGUUUAUGCUCAUGAUUCUUGAACCUUUCAAAGAUUUCUCCAGACUACUGCCCUUUCUCCGCCCUUCAAUCAAUUAACUUUCCACUUCUUUUCGACAUUGUAACUGUCACAACCAUCCCGUAUUUCCGUAUGAACUAGGUUAAGAGAUUGUGCCGCUGACUGCAGGUGAUUGAUGAAAAAUUCGCGCGCCACUCGCCGCCGUCUUCUCGUGAUGACCUAGAUUUUGAAAACAGAGACAGUUACAAAACAUCAGCGUAGCCGGCAAAAAAUGAAGGAAUGGGAACAGGAGAAACUGUCUGAAGAUGAUUGAAUUGAGUGAAAUUCAGGGAGGUAUCCGGUUGGAAGUUCUCAACUCGUCCGAUGAGCCCAUCGCCAUCUUCACCAACUUCAACGAUCCGUUCAACGUCACCGAGACGUCGAAGAAAGUAGAACUGCCGCCAACUUUGAAUGCAAAGACUGUGCCAUUCGGAUGACGACGCAGGCGACGGAGUACGGUAACUCGUACUUCUUCUUCUCGUGCGCCGACAUCAACAUCGUAAAUGAGAUCCCCGACGGAGACACGUGCGUUGGAAACGGAAACCGGAUGAAUGGAGUGUGCCACUGCUUCGAGGGAUUCUUCGGCGACGAGUGUCAGUUCCAGGAUGAAUGCAAAGAAGACGACGACUGCGGAGUACAGGGAUACUGUAGAUUGGGACGGGAUGUACCGAGAAGACAGUGCUUUGUCCGACCAGCAGAUAUGGAAAGAACUGCGAACUUGGUAAGCAUCAGUGCUGGAAGUAGUUGAAUAAUGUUGCGUGUUUUUUCAGAGUCCGACAGUAUCCGCAGCGUUUCUGAUUUCGACGAUAGCCUCUACCAGAAGCGCGAGGACCAAGGAAACCAGAUUUACUGGCGUCUGCUCAAGGACGAGAUUGAGUUCGUGCUCCGUUACCCGGGACAAUCUUGGGUUGCUCUCGGAUGGAAAAGUCCAGAUGCCACGUGCGAAAUCACUGCGGCCGACUUCCGGAACAGAAACAUCGCCUCUUCCUCCUCUUCUUUUUCUCCGUCUUCCUCAACCAUCUCCUCUAUCAUUACCAAUGCCACUUCUCAGGAACAGAAUGACUCCGGAGACCACGAGUGCGGACCAAACGAACAAUUUUCCGAGUGUCCUGAGAGCUCGAGAGAAUGCGAGCACUCUUGCGAUUGGACCCACUUCCCGGAGACGACGCCGAACUGCCCAAACAGUUGCGGACAGGCUAGAUGCAUUUGCAAGGAAGGAUUCGUCCGUAUGGCCAACGACGAGGACGUCUGUGUUCCGUUCGAUUUCUGCGACAAGACUGUCGCAAACGAGGAGAGCUGUGCUUCGAACUCGACGUGGGCCAAGUGCGGAACCGCUUGCGAGCCGACCUGUGCCAACAUGUACGACACUUCCCCAUGUCCGGCUAGCUGUGAGAAGCCGGGAUGUACGUGUGCUGACAACUACGUUCGUCACAACGGACAGUGCAUUUACUGGGGAGACUGUCCAGAGUUGAAGGAAGAAAAGACUACGACCCGUGCGGCUGUUGAGACCACGCAGAGCACGAUCGACAGAAACGAGAUCACGCAGGCUUCAGAAGUACCUAAAACGAAGACGACCACUCAGAAGGCGAUUGUCACGGAGUGCAGUCUUAAUGAAACUCUCAAUGAAUGCGGAAGAGUUUGCGAAGCCGACUGUGUUUCCAUCUUCACGAGGGCCGAGUGCAGCGACUGCGGAUCGGCCGCUUGCGCCUGUCUUCAGGGAUACGCCCGUAAUCCACAAGGGCAAUGCGUGUACUGGGGAGACUGCCCGACUGACGGUUCGUUUUCACUAGCUAUUACUGCAAUCACAACUGUUCUUUUUUCAGCUGCGCCAGCCACCACUGUCGGAUCGACUGUCCCAACGACUCCUGUCCCAACUCAAACUGCUCCACCAAGUGUUAAUGGGGACGUCUGCUACGGAGAUUUCCGUUACCCAGCUGGGUGCUCUGAUUGUGAGUACAAACUCUCGUGGAACUAUGUCGAGGAAGCCGAUGAAAUCGAAUUCUCCCUGGAGACUCGUCUCUCUGAUAACUCGUGGACUGGAGUUGGAUUCAGCAAGGACGGAACUAUGGUCGAUGCCGAUAUGAUUAUUGUGACCACCAAAAACGGAAAGAUCCAGUUGAACGACAUGCAGAGCAAAGGAUACGAUCAGCCAGCGAUGGAUGCUGAGCAGAAUGUAAAGUCGAGCACUGAAGUCAUCGGAACGCACGCCAACGGAGUCUUGAGAGCUCAAUUCGUCAGAAAGGUCAACACGGGAGAUGCCACGGACAAGCAAUUCGAUGGAGACUCCUGCUGGAGAUGUUGUACCCAAUUGCCGGAGGAAAGUUGGAUCAGUACGGAAACGUUUCGAUCCAUUUGAGCACUCCUCUCUCGUCGGACAAAUCGGUGUGCAUCAGAAGUUGCACUGCUGGAAAGAAUUCACCGAAGACCGCCUCCCGACCUCAGCAUCGUCUUCUUCUGCAUCCAAGAACGUCUGUAUCAAUGAGUACCGUUUCCCAGAAGGAUGCAACGGAGACGAGUGUGAUUACAUCGCCAAGUGGAACUACGACUCUGCCAAGAAGGACGUCCGCUUCGAGAUAACCGCCAAGACUCCAGGACGGUGGACCGGAAUCGGAUUCUCUCGCGACGGACAGAUGACGAACGCUGAUAUGUACACCGGAUGGUUCUUCGACGGAAAGGCUUACAUCGUCGAUCGGUUCGCCUACGGAAGACAACUUCCAGCCAUUGAUCCAGCUGACAGACAGGACAUUUACGACCUCGGAGGAAAAGUUGAGGAGGACAUGCAGACGAUCAUGUUCCGGAGAAAGCUCGUCUCCAAGGACACCAAGACGGAUGUAUCUCUCGAUGAGUGCCACUACUUUCUUUUCCCAAUCGGAGGAGGCCGUGUUCUGGCUCGCAAGAGUUCUGACUUCACAAACCCGAAGACGCCAAUCGGAUACCACGACCAAGUGCAACCGCAAGUCUCCGCCACGAAGAUCUGUUUGUGCGAUGAGAAAGGAGUCACUGUCUCCCACGAAUCGAAGGCGCCAAUCUCGAGAAGAGUCCGCAGAGCCGCCAACCGUGUUGCCACAAGUGCGAUGCAUUGCACUGACAUGGUCGUCGGAAUGGUCUCGAAUGGUCGUGCUCGCAUCAUGGAUAUGUACUCUCCGUCAAAGGCCACUCCAAUGGAGGACACUUUCUUCGGAGGACAGAACUCGCUCACUUCGGCCGCUGCUUUCCAGGAGGACGGAGUCACCACUGUGAUCUUCCGAAAGAAGCUUCAAGCCGAAGAAAAAUGGGACAGCUCUUUUGUUCAAGGUCCGAUGACUGUGAUCUGGGCGAAGGGAGCCGACCCGCUGAACUACGUUCACACGACUGGCGGCGCUCCUAUUCAGGCUGCUCCGGAGUUCUUCGCGAACGCAAUGAAAUACCACGGAAAGAACGCAAGAGGAGUGAUGACCAUCAACUUCUUCGAGGAAAACGUCCGUCCACAGGCACCGACUGUUCAUGGAAUGCACUUAGAUAUGGACACUUGCGAGGGAAGCAUCAACCACCCAGAAGGAUGCGUCGGAUCCGAAUGCAUCUACACCAUCUCCUGGAUCAGUGACGGAAGCGUCGCUCGUUUCUCCAUCCACGGCGCGCUCGCCACAAGCCAAUGGACUGCCCUCGGCUUCUCCACUGACGGAAACAUGGCUGCCGCCGAUGCUGUUGUCAUCGGAAUCCAGAACAACGCAGUGAUGGUGACUGACCAAUUCAUGCCCAACUACGGAAGACCGGUAGUUGAUGAGCAGCAGGACAUCUUCGAUGUGGAGACCACUUACGUCAACGGAUACUUGACUGCCAACUUCUCUCGCGAACUUCACAGUGAGGAUGAAUUCGACGUGGAUCUUCAGGAAUGUGUCUUCCUCUUGUACUCUCCAUUCGGAGGAGUCAUUGAGAAGAACGGAGAGAUCAGAAAGCACGAGGCCACUCCGCUAAGAAGCAAGUCCAAGAUCUGUCUGAACAAGUGCACUGAGCAGAAGACCGCCGAGUCGACCACUACAACCGUCGCCGCGGAGACCGAAGCUGAGACCGAAGCUGAGACUGAAGCUGAGACGUCCACAACGACUACCACGACAUCCGCUCCGACAACUGGCACCACAGCCAGAAACACUGUUGUCUCGACGACCGGAGGAAAGGUUCUCAUGCCGCCGAUGCACACGAAGAAGCCGUACACUGUGUACGAGCCGGAAGGCGUCAAACGGCGUUACGGACUGCGUGUCAGAAUCCUCAACCGCGAUUUCGACGAGGCCCUCAACGACCCGAAGACUGGAUACUAUCAAGAGUUCACGAAGGAAGUCACAGAAUCGAUCGACGAACUUCUGGCCAAGAGAUGGAAGGGAAUGCGUGUUUCCAAGAUCAUCGGCUACGAAAAGGGAUCCGUCAUUGCCGAGUUUGAAGUGGUGGCUGUUGAUGAGUCUGCAAAGCCGAUGGAGCUCAAGUCCAUGGUCGAAGAGAACGCCGUCCGCGGACCGAUCGGAGCAUUCGCCAUUGAGCCGUCCACUGUGCGAGUCACAGAAGUCGACACUUCGACCGUUUCGUCCGAAGAGGACAUCUUCAACAACUGGGCCAUGUGGCGCAACAUCAUCAUCAUCGCCGUCUGCUCGGUCCUCUCGCUCAUCGUCGUUUUGUGCAUUUGCUUCAUGUGUUGUACCAAGUGCAGAAGAAGCAGCACUUAUGUGAGUUUUCUCUCAGUUCUUCUAGAAGACAAGUAUUUUUUUCAGUCCGCUUACCCAGUCGCCGAUGCUCACAUGUCGUACGCCAGCAGAGUGUGUAAGUUAUCGUUUGUGCUGAACAAAACCGAUACCAAUAUAAUAAUGUUUCAGUGGGAGAGAAAGGAGGAUUCGACAAUGCCAUUUACCAUCAGCCACAACGAUACUACUCACAGACGACGGUAGCUUCGACGAAGGUGACGUCAGCUUCUGCUGACCCGAAUGCCAACGUGGAAGGACCGCCGGGAGGAGUAGGCGAGACCACCUACGCAGAGUGGUAUUCGAAGGUGAAUCGGACGAAUCUUUUCUGCAAAAAGCAGUUAUGAUGUUCAGGUCGGGUCGAAGCCAUCGGUCCAACAGCACGAGGAAGUGCCUCCACAGCCUCCAGUCCAAUCGCGACCUCCCUCCACCACUCCAUACGUCUCCUAUCCAAAUGAUCCAACUGGGUAUUACACGUUAGGAGGACGUCAUCGACAGAAUUCUGGCUCAAACAAUAAGUACGCCACCAAGUACUAG